AUGUCUCCCAAUCGUACAAGGAAAGCAACAGCGGAGGUUAGAGAUAAGGGGUCCUUUUUUGCAGCAAAGAGUCAGAAUAAACAUACUGAUAGCCAAGCUGACAGUCAGACUAAAGAUAACGCUCAAGAAAGCGUGGAAGCUGGGUCUGAUCAGGAACUAGAACUACCCUUACUCUCUUCUCCGAAUAUACCUUAUGUGCAAGUAGCAAUAAAUAAAGAAGAGACUCAACUUACAACAAAUCUUAUGCAGAAAAUGCUGGAUGCAGCAGUUAACAAGAUGCAAUUAACAGUGGAAGCAGCUAUUGCCGAUUUAAAAGUAAAUUUUAUAGAUCUAGAUGCCAGGACUGUACAUCUAGAGGGGAAAAUCAAUGAGUUCACUGUAACUAAUGCAAUGCUGAGAGACCGGUUGGAUACAAUAGAACAUAGGAUACUUCAACAUGAAUUAAAAUUAAUAGAUGUAGAAGAUAGAUCCCGGCGUAAUAAUAUUCGGAUACGUGGAGUUCCUGAAGAAAUUGGAGUACAAGAUUUGGAAUCUUAUAUGAGAGGUUUAUUUCUUUCCAUCGUGCCAGAUACACCAUCAGAAAUGCUUUUAUCUGACCGUUUGCUAAACCACAGCAUCUGCCUAUAUCUAUACCAAGAGAUGUAUUAA